AGUCUCAGAUCUCUCGAGAUUUCGCCUUGCCGGAAGCUCUGGAGGACGGUUCCUGAUAAAAGGCGUCGCGAUGUGUGGGGACUGUGUCGAGAAGGAAUAUCCUAACCGGGGUAACACCUGUCUGGAGAAUGGAUCUUUUCUACUGAACUUUACAGGAUGUGCAGUGUGCAGUAAGCGGGAUUUUAUGCUGAUUACUAACAAAUCCCUGAAAGAGGAGGAUGGAGAAGAAAUAAUUACCUAUGAUCAUCUGUGUAAAAAUUGUCAUCAUGUCAUUGCCAGGCAUGAGUACACAUUCAGUAUCAUGGAUGAAUUUCAGGAAUACACCAUGCUGUGUCUGUUAUGUGGCAAAGCUGAAGAUACUAUAAGUAUUCUCCCUGAUGACCCUCGACAAAUGACUUUGUUAUUCUAAGAUUCCUAGUUCUGUUGUAACCAUGUUGGUUAGUUUAAAAUACAGCAAUCCUGAUGUUUUAUCUAAUAAUGAAACUUCUUUGCAUAUUUUAAUUAAUUUAUUUUUUGUUUUUGCUGCUUAAACAGCAAUUCUUUGAACAAAAAAGUAAAGGAGAUUUGUAUUUCCCUA